UCAUUUUUCGGCAUGCCAUGAUCUGGCGUUUGUCUUGUCACUAGUUCUAAAGUUAUAAUAUUACUUCCAAAAUGUAUUACGAAAAAUUCUUAUUCAUAAAGUUCUUUUUAAUAUCCGUAUUCUAUACUCCUGUGUUCGCAGAAUGGAACACAAGAGAUUAUAUAAUGAGGCAGCAUUCUCUUACAAAACCUUACCAAGGGAGCGGUAUGUCGGUACCACAUUGGGACUUCUUAGGUAGCACUAUAGUUACUUCGAAUUACGUCCGGUUAACUCCCGACAUGCAAUCAAAAUCGGGCGCUAUUUGGAACACAUCGCCAUGUCAAACACGAAACUGGGAACUGCAAGUACAGUUCAAAGUGCAUGGACGAGGCAAGGAUCUCUACGGGGAUGGUUUUGCCCUCUGGUAUGUCAGGGAUCGUAUGCAGACCGGCCCUGUGUUUGGCAGUAAGGAUUAUUUCCAAGGACUUGCGAUCGUACUGGACACAUAUAGUAACCACAAUGGAGCACAUAAUCAUCAACAUCCAUACAUAUCAGCAAUGAUCAACAAUGGCAGUCUCCAUUACGACCACGACCGCGAUGGCACACACACGCAGCUCGCUGGAUGCGAAGCUAAGUUCAGGAACUUUAACCACGAUACACAUAUCUCUAUAACAUAUAGAGAUGAUACUUUAAUAGUGAGCACGGACUUGGAUGGAAAGAAUGCAUGGAAGGAAUGUUUUAAAGUGGAAAACAUUCUCUUACCUACGGGAUACUAUUUCGGUGCGUCUGCAACUACUGGAGAUCUGAGCGACAAUCAUGAUAUCAUAUCUGUUAAGAUGUAUGAAUUAGAUCUUUUGGAAUCGCAAAACAAAGAUGAAGAUAGGUCGAAAAUAAUUCCAUCUGCCGCAUCUUUCGAAGCUCCGAGAGAUAGAGUGGACGACACAAAGCCCGCCAUGUCUGGUGUCAAAUCUUUCUUAUACAUGAUGUUUGUAGCCAUAAUUAUUAUGGUCGUAUUGGUAUUAGGAAUUAUGUGGUACCAAAAAAGACAGGAACAAUCCAGAAAAAGGCUCUAUUGAUGCCUUGCGCUUGUCGAAUUCGUUCUGAAACAGACCAUAGACAAAAUCCCGGUUUAUUUUUCACGUUUCCGAACGCAUUGUAAUGUAAUACAAAUUUAUUAAAUGGCAACAUUCAGCAUAAUAGUUUAUGGUUCUUGUCGAGUCCUAUUUUUUGACUGAUAUUUAAUAAAUAAUAACUUUUUUUAAUUUGUAAUAUGCUUCUAAACCAAAGUAUUUAUAAAUAUUUACUAUGAACAAAAUUGUCUAUUGUCUACGCCUUUCUUUAAUUCUCAAUCUCAUUUUGUUUAGAAUGCAGUUAUUAAAAAUACAUAAGUAUAGGUACUAUCAGGGAAUCUGUCGGUGUUCCACCUUAUGGGCUAAAAAUAACUAAGAGGAUACAGCUUUUAGAUGUGUUUGUACAAACUCAUGUACCACUAACAGACAUUUCUCGUUUGCGCAACUCACUGUCGUCUAAUUGGUUUGUAAAAGGCCAGGUUUUCUGGUAUGAAAAACAAGGAAGUGUUUCUGUAAGCGGAACACUCCGACGGACUCUGAUUGUACAGACUAAGUCAAAAUAAACGUUUAAAAACUAUAGUUUCCAUUAUAAGUAUUGUUAUUAAUGUUAUUUACAAAGUAUUUUGGUGUCAUAGUAUGAUAUUCCCAUUAUUUAUGUUAAUUUAGGUAUAAAAUCUUCAAUUUUGCCAAGGGCUCUCUGUUCCAUUCUAUAUACAUUUCUACAUACUCUGUGCUUUUAAUGAUAUUAUUUAAUGUAACAAAAUCUCUUGGCUUAUAUAAUUGUAGUUUAAAAAUUAAUUUCAGUUACAUCACAAUUUAUAAAUUUCAUAAUCAUAAUUGUAAUUCGAUAAAUUAUUUACGUCAUAUAAAUACGAAUAUCACAAUAUACUUUUGUAUAAGGAAUAUCUAAAUUGCGAGGAAAAUAAAGACAGAUUUUUAAAAGGUUACUUUGCAUUUUUGUGGUUAAAAAUAUCUUUAAAAAAUUUUGGUACCUAAAUAGUCUAAGGAAAUUAGAUGAGUGUUUGUCCAAUAUUAUCAAUAAAUAUGUAAAAAUCAGCAAUAAAUUGUACAUUUCAUAAGACAAUCGUCUCGCAUAUUAAGAUAAGAAUUUCUCUAUUCUCCGAAAAUUUUAGAAUGCAUAGAAAUGUUUUCUUUCUGUAAUUUAGUUUUGCCAACAUGUGGUUUGUGUACGAGUGUUGUACGUAUAUGUGAGUUUUUAAUAAAGUGAUUUUUAUCUUUACCAAACUGA